CCCCAACCCCCACUUCUAAAAGUACCGCACAUACCGCUCAUCUCUCUCUUUUCCUUUCCAUUAUAAUAUCUUCUCUUUACUCUUUCCUCCCAAAUAUCACACUCAAAAUUAUGGAAUUCCAUUCUAUACUCAAAAUUCUCCUCCUCUUCCUCUUCCUUUCCGCCGCCUCCCCCGCCGCAUCGGAGUUUCAAACCUUAACUCUCCGCCCUCUUCCAACCCCCUCUCCUCCUACCUUCUUCCCACAAUCCGAAUCCCUCCAAUCGGCCGCCGCCCUCACGGUUGAGCUCCACCAUUUGGACUCACUCUCUCUCAACAAAACCCCCUCUGAUCUCUUCACUUUACGACUCCACCGCGAUGCCCUCCGUGUCCACGCGCUCAAUUCUCUUGUUGCACGCGCCGCCGGUUUCAGCAGCUCCGUCAUCUCCGGCCUCGCCCAAGGCAGCGGCGAGUACUUCACCCGCCUCGGCGUCGGAACCCCUCCGAGAUACCUCUACAUGGUUCUCGACACCGGCAGCGACGUCGUUUGGCUUCAAUGCUCCCCUUGCCGGAAAUGCUACUCCCAAUCUGACCCCAUUUUCAACCCUUAUAAAUCCAAAUCCUUCGCCGGAAUCCCCUGUUCCUCCCCUCUCUGCCGCCGCCUCGAUUCCUCCGGCUGCAGCACUCGCCGCCACACCUGCCUCUACCAAGUCUCGUACGGCGAUGGUUCCUUCACCACCGGCGAUUUCGCCACCGAAACCCUCACGUUUCGCGGCAAUAAAAUCGCGAAAGUCGCCCUCGGCUGCGGCCACCACAAUGAGGGUUUGUUCGUCGGAGCAGCCGGUUUGUUGGGCCUUGGUCGAGGCCGGUUGUCUUUCCCUUCCCAAACUGGAAUCCGGUUCAACCAUAAAUUCUCUUAUUGUUUGGUAGACCGGUCCGCUUCCUCUAAACCGUCUUCCAUGGUUUUCGGCGAUGCGGCGAUUUCCCGUUUUGCCCGGUUCACUCCUCUAAUUCGGAACCCGAAAUUAGAGACGUUCUAUUACGUUGAACUUAUCGGAAUCAGCGUCGGUGGAGUCCGAGUCCGUGGCGUUUCCGCCUCACUCUUCAAGCUCGAUCCGGCAGGAAACGGCGGCGUCAUCAUCGAUUCCGGUACGUCCGUGACUCGUCUGACUCGGCCGGCUUACACGGCUCUUCGCGACGCAUUCCGGGCCGGAGCGGCGCAUUUGAAAAAAGGGCCGGAGUUUUCAUUGUUCGAUACGUGUUACGACUUGUCGGGUCAGUCGACGGUGAAGGUGCCGACGGUGGUGUUGCAUUUUCGGGGAGCCGACAUGUCGUUGCCGGCGACGAAUUAUUUGAUUCCGGUUGACGACAAUGGGAGCUUUUGCUUUGCGUUUGCGGGUACCAUUUCGGGUUUGUCGAUUAUUGGGAAUAUUCAACAGCAAGGAUUUCGGGUUGUGUACGAUUUGUCGGGUUCUCGGAUCGGGUUUGCUCCACGUGGCUGCACGUGAUCUCCGACUUUGAGAUGAGAUUUGUGACAUUUGUCUUUUCAUAGGAACAAAAGAGUGAUAACCAAAAAAAAAAAAAAGAAAAGAAAAGGAAAAUUAAACAGAAAAAUUAGUAAUUUUUCGUGAUGAAGAUUGAAGAUUUUCUUAAGGUUUGUUUUUGCUGUGUAUUGUAUUUAUUAUCCAUUUAAAGUAAUUAAAGCCUCUAACUUGGAGGUGAUUUGGUUUGUGUUAA